UCUCUAUGGGUCCCUAUGGGUCUCUAUGGGUCCCUAUGGGUCGCUGUGGGUCCUGAGGGGUCGCUGUGGGUCCCAGGCAGGUUCCCGGAGCCGGGGCUGCGCCUCAAUGGGCAGCACCGGGAGAAGCCGCUGCAGCGCUGGGAGGGCGGCGACGGCGCCUGCGACGAGUACGACCUGGACUCGGACCUGUCCAACGGCUGGGACCCCAACGAGAUGUUCCGCUUCAACGAGGAGACCUACGGCGUGCGGAGCACCUACGACAGCAGCCUGGCCGCCUACACGGUGCCCCUGGAGAAGCAGAACUCGGCGGCGUUCCGGCAGCGGGAGGCGCGCGCGGCCGCGCUGGCGCGGGAAAUCGAGGGCAGCCCCCAGCACCGGCUGCGCGCCGCCGCCGAGGAGCACGAGGAGGGGCCCGAGGAGCGCCCGGCGCGGAGGGACCCCAAGUUCCCGCCCCUCCCCCAACGCCCGCGGGGGGGGCUCCGCUGCUCCUCAAGGGGGGGAGGGGCCCCCAGACCCCCUGGGGGGGGAGGGGCCGGAAGUGCCCCACCCCCACCCCGAGGGCCCCCCCCCCACCCGGAGCCGGGGGUCAAUGGAGGCCCCUCCCCCAAGGCCCAGCGACCCCCCCGUGGGGGGAAGGGCAGCGGAGGGGGGUGCCCAUCCCCCACCCCUGCCCCCUCCGUGCCCCUCCCACGCUCCCCCAAACCCAGCCCCUCCCCCCUCCCGGACCCCUCCCCCUCCACCCCUCCCGUGGUGGGGGAGGGGCCGCCGCCCCCUCCCCCCGCCUCCCCCUGCCCCUCCCCCCCCCUUUCCCCCUCCCCCCACCCAGGUUCCGCCCCUCCCCCCCCGGCUCGGACCUCACGGGACCCCCGGAGCCCCCCCGCAAAGGUCCAUCAGAGCAGCAGCGGAACCAAUUGGAGGAGCUGAGGAAGUUUGGGGCCCAGUUUAAGGUGUGGGGCA